GUCUAGCCGUGUAUCGCAGAUUCGCAGUCAGCAUCCUACCUUAUGUGCUCAGAGUGAGAAUGCGGGGUAAGAUCCGGCAGAGAGGCAAAUACCUGCAGGUUGGUUACCUCUUAUGUAUUUCCAUGUUCGUUGAUACGACAGUCCUAAAGGAGGGGCUACAUGGCAGGGCCAUGAUGAAUCUAGCAAUAUUGGAUGAUCUAGUUAUGAUGUAUUUCGACUUACCAUUACCGAUUUCGAUUUUUCCGGCAUUAAAUAGAGAAAUUGAUUUGGUAGACGAAAAAAAGGGGUCUGUUCGGUUAGUUACUAGUAGAUUACCUUAGUUACUAGUAAAUUACCCCUUUUAUACUUAAUAUCAUUAAUAGCACUAGGAUUCUGGUCAUCUUCAUCACUUAGGGACUUGAUACAGAGUGCUCGGGCAACAUAAUCAUGAAAAUCUCGUAUCCGCCUCUUCUUUUUGAGGGACUAUGGUUAUCCUACUGGGCCUAUGGGACAGCAGCGUUUGAGCCAACUGACCAAAAGCCACUUGUGCUCUCAGAUGGCUGGUCUGGGCAGCAAACACAAUCACGACCUAAUAUUGUCUUCAUCCUUACAGAUGACCAAGACUUACAUUUGAACUCAAUUGACUAUAUGCCGUUCUUGAAAAAACAUCUCAUCGAGCAUGGAACCUUCUACAAGAGACAUUUCUGCACGACCGCGCUUUGCUGUCCCUCUCGAACGACUAUAUUCACUGGUAAAAAUGCCCACAACACGAAUGUCACCAAUGUUGUCCCGCCAUAUGGUGGUUACCCUAAAUUUGUUAGCCAGGGGUUGAACGACAAGUAUCUACCAAUAUGGCUCCAGGAGUCAGGCUAUGAAACGUAUUAUACCGGAAAGCUCUUCAACGCGCACUCGGUCGAUAACUAUCAUUCACCUCACGCUGCUGGCUGGACCGCUUCCGACUUUCUAUUGGAUCCAUUUACAUAUUGGUAUAUGAACAGCACGUAUCAGAGGAACCGAGACGCGCCAGUGAGUUUUGAAGGGCAACAUAGUGUUGACGUUCUUGCAUCGAAAGCACUAGGAUUACUGGACGAAGCAUUCGAAACGGGGAAGCCAUUCUUCCUUGGUGUCGCGCCAGUAAGUCCUCAUGCGAACAUAUGGUCUCCGAAUUUCAAGCAUGGUGGUCAUGGUGACCUAGAAACGGUCGAGUUCUCGCCUCCAGUACCAGCCGAGAGACAUGCAAAACUAUUUGAAGGUGUCAAAGUCCCACGUACUGAGAACUUCAACCCGGAUAAACCAUCAGGUGCUAGUUGGAUUCGGAAGCUACCAAAGCAGAGCCAGGAAACAGUUGGCUAUAACGACCAUUUUUACCUCCAAAGACUCCGAACCCUCCAAAGCGUUGAUGAAAUCGUAGACUCACUCGUCCGGCGCCUAGACGACCUCAAAAUUCUGGAUAACACGUAUAUAGUCUACUCUACGGAUAAUGGUUAUCACAUUGGCCAGCAUCGAAUGCAACCUGCCAAGCAGUGCAGCUUCGAAGAAGACGUCAACAUCCCGCUUAUUAUUCGGGGACCUGGGGUUCCGAAUAACGUGACUAGCGACAUUGUAACCACCCAUACUGAUUUGGCGCCUACCUUUCUGCAAAUAGCAGGCGCUCCUAUAAGAGACGAUUUCGACGGACUCGCUAUCCCGCUCACCAAGGAAGGGCUUGAGGAAGCUAGGGAAACACGCCAUGAACAUGCUUCGAUAGAACACUGGGGAUUCGCCUCGAAUGAAGGUCAGGUGCUCGAUUCAUAUCCGAGACUACACAUGAACAACACGUACAAAGCUCUUCGCGUCAUCGGCAAGACGUACAAUCUACAUUAUCAGGUGUGGUGCAACAACGAGCGAGAGCUACACGACCUGACAACGGACCCGGGGCAAAUGGCCAAUCUCCUGCACCCGGACGAGAAAGCUCCCGAGAUCAUAGCUGGAGCGCCUCUCGACAAGGUAGUCGCCAGGCUGGACUCGCUGCUGUUCGUCUUGAAGUCGUGUAAAGCAGAGGCCUGCAUCCAUCCGUGGAAGGCACUUCACCCGGCUGGUAACGUGGCCAGCCUGAGAGACGCGCUUUCCCCGCGAUUCGACGCCUUCUAUGAAGAUAAGGCAAGGAAAAUCGAGUUUGACAGGUGUGAAAUGGGUUUCAUACUUGAUGCAGAGGGGCCGCAGUUUGAAGAUGGGAAUGUCAUCGGCGGUCUUGAUCCGAACUGGCAUGAAUGGACUUAGUUCCUUGGUAGAGUGAUAUGAGGAUGAAUCCUGUAAAACAGCCAACGUUGAUUUUGUCUAACGGAUGGUUUAUUCUUGAGUGUUUCCGAAUUGCACUCCUAGGUAUAUAGACUAGGUACGGGGCAUAUGAAAUGUGAGAAGUAUACCUAUACUUCAAAUGAUACCGCCCUGUUUAUACCAUAGUGGUGGCCAGUGCGAGAAGAAGUCCCAGCUUGUCGCAGUUGGCGUACCAUCUAUUCAGGUCCCGGCCGCGUUCUGAGUUAUCGGGACUCAACCGAGCGUCUAUUAGAUCUCCAAAGGUCCGUAAAGAGGACUUAUACUGCUUAAGAUGGGAUAU